AUGCUUGAAUUAACAUCUGCAAGGGCUGCUGAACCCUCUACAACACACAUUGCAAUUUCGGAGGUUGUCCUUUCUCCAGGUUCUGAACCUGGGGUGGAAAGCCUUGUAACCAAGGCCACAUCUUCCGUGCAGCAGGAGCAUCAGGUUCCAAAACAAGAACCAAAGCAAACUUCCUCUCUCAGAUCAAUAUGUAAAUCCCUCAGUAGCAAAUUAGCUAAAAACGAGUUUUCCAAACAAGAAAGUGGUCUUGUUAAAAUAGUAGAGCUUAUGCGAUGUGACGGAAUAGAACACCGGGUUCAAAAUUAUCAAACUCUCGACAGAGUCCGAAAUCAAUUAUUUUCAUUUCGUGUACCUUCUUCUCAAGCUCUCGUUCAAGAAAUUGUUUGGAGCGACUUCUCAUCCCAAUAUUUUAAAUCUAACCCAAAUAAUUCUCCCCAAACCUCACAAUUUAAUAAGGAAGUCAUCAGGCUGCUGGAGAAAGAGGAAAUAGAGCUUCGUUUUAAUCUUAAACUUGUCACAACUUGCAGUACGUUUAGGCCUUCCAAACAAUCUUUGGAAGUACAAGAAAAUUCUUGUAACGUACCACUGAAAACUAUUAUUGGAGGACAAUAUUAUGACAGCAUUUAUGUUUGUGAUUUGAAACAAUCCAGCUCUCGAACCAAAACGUUUAUAAUACUGGAGAGCUUGAAUGUUGCAGAAAACUUUGACUGUAAUCAGUCCAUUCAUGUUUUUAGGAUUUACGGUGAAAGUCUAUUUACAAGGAAUGUAUUUCAAUCGUGCAACUUUUCAGAUAUUUCAAUAAUUGUAAAUAAAUAA